AUGUUUCGCAAGAGAGUCAAGCUUCAAAACUCGGUGGAAGGAUCAGUAAGCAGCCAAAAUAGACAAGUAACGCACUCCGCCAAGAAGCCACCAGGUAAGGGCAAGAUUGAUAUAUCUGAAAGCUAUGAUGACGAUGAUGAUCAGGUAGAAACGAUAAGUGUCAAAACACGGCCAAUAUCUACCCCUGUGGAUCUCAUAAAUGUAGCCGGGGCUGAUAAUCCCCGUAGAACACACGAUAUAACCUUUUCCGCCAAGCAGAACUCACAGAUCCUGAAUUUAGACAAUCUAGACGAGGACUUCGAUGACGGAGAUGAGGACGAGUUAAUGUUUAGCGUACCAUCCCACUCUGAAAUUAAGCGUAUACGAGAACUUCGGGCUUUGCAGCAGCAAAGGGUAAGUCCCACCGGCACAGGCUUUUUCGACUCGAGUCACGAAAAACCUGUGGAGUUCAAUGAGGCCGCUUAUGUCAAGUUAUUGAACGAGGAAGACAAAUUAGACUUGCUAGAGACUCUUGGUGAGCGUACUGCUGGCAACGAUAAAACUGACGUGCUUUCAGAGCCGAUGUCCAACGCAUUUGACGACAAGCCACUGGCGCUCAGUGAACAGGAACUACGACGUGAUGAAUCGGAACGAAAGACUACGAUCUUGAAUGCCUUAGAUGACGUUCAAGAUAAUGAGUGGGAGUCACAGCAAAUCAGUAAAAAUGAAAACGGAUAUUCAAUUGCCUCCCUUCCAAUAACACAUGGCGACGAUUUUAGUCUCGAUUCCGUUCUCUCUGAGUUAAAAACUCUGGUGCUUAAAGCCCAACAGAAGGAGAAAAUAAAUUUCCUUAGACGCGAUGCCCUUCAAGGAGAACGUGAAACACUGCUUAAUCUGCGAUCAUCUUUAACAUCAAAACUAGAGAAACUUGCGUUCGAUUGA